AUGUUUGGUGCAUUCAAGUCAACCUUAUCGUUGAGCGGUGGUUACUUAUGGAAAGUAGCACCAAGAAUGUCUGGUCCCCAAAAAUACAGAUUAAGAAGAAGAAUGAAAACAGUCGAUGAAAAUAUUGAAGUUUUAUAUAAAUCAUUGAAAUUAGAUAAUGUCGAAUCCACCGGAUACGACAAGAUUGAUUAUUUAAAGUUUCAAUUUCCAAAGGAGCACGAAAUGACACCUAAAGAUAAAUAUACUACAUUUGACAAGAAGGCCAAAGAUUAUAGAAAAUCAAUCCAUAGAGUUCCUAAAUGGACCAAGUUAUCGUUCAGAGAAAAUCCAAAAUACUUCUAG